AAGUCGAAAAAGGACUUUGUUUGCCAUGCUGUUAUCAGUGCCUACGCUGGCAUCUCCAGUGCUUCUCAAGCAUGAGGACUAUUCUGAAGCCUUCUUACGUAAAGUUCCUGGCUCUCUUAUGCGUUUCGUGAGGUCAAUAUCAGUUGGAGUACGCAUUUCCCUGAUGUACAAAUGGCAGCUUUUGGAUAUUCCGGAGGGUUCACCUGAAUACGCGAACAUUAUGCGGAAAUGUCAUCAAAAGGCUGCGGAUAUGAUUCUACGUGGUUGCAUCGAGAAUGGAGGACUUUACAUAAAGAUGGGUCAAGGCUUGGCUUCACUAAAUCAUGUUGAUCGAGUUUUUAUAGCGGACUUUGGUGGUAAACCAUCGGAUUUAUUUAUCGAGUUCGAUCACGAACCCUUUGCUGCGGCAAGUCUUGCCCAGGUUCAUAGGGCAGUCACGCGCUCUGGUGAGAGGGUCGCUGUCAAGGUACAAUACGAGGACCUUCGCGAUCGGUUCCCUACUGACAUUGCCACUCUAGAAUUCCUACUUCGCAUCGUUGAGAAGAUUCACAAAAACUUCGGAUUUGCUUGGGUACUGACUGAUUUGAAGGUAGGUUUCUUUCCUUCUCCUCCUCCUGCUUUGCCCCUUCCUAUAUCGUGGAUAUUGAAAGGUGGUAGGGUGACGUACGUCACGGAAUAG